AUGGGGACUCCCGUUCGCGCUGCCGUCGGGAGGCUGAGGGCCCUAGGACCCCACGCGAGCGGUUUCGCCGAUUAUCUCUCCUGCAAUACCAAGGGCUUCCUGGCGGCCAACGAAGAAAUUUCCGAGAGCUUUCCCUUGGUGGCGAGGAGGAGCGGCGCGAAGGGCUAUGGGUUGCUUUGCGGGCCACGCCCUGCAAGGGCGGGAGAGGAAUUGCUUCGAGUGCCUCCGGCGGUGUGGCUCCCUUACUGCGCAGAAGCAGCCGUUCGAAAGGCCGAAGCCGGUGCUCCCGACUUUCUGGCACGUCUGAGCAAUACCUGCGCCAAGAUUGGAGGAGGGGACGCGUCUAAGGUGGCCCCGGUGGCCUGUCUCGCUCUCGAGCUUCUGUUCACCCUCGAGAGAAUUGCGAAGAUUGUGUUCACCCCCCAGUACAGUAUCGAAAAAGAAGCGGGCGAAACCUUCGAGAAAAGGCACGACAACGGUGCAAGGGAUGCGCGAGAGCCAUACCUGGGGCUGCUGUGGGAGGCGUCUGCCUCGGAGGAUGCGUUGCCUCACCCGCUGCUCAUGGGACCGGAGCACCUGGAUCUGCUUCAGGCUAGCCCCUUGCGCGAUUCCAUCACCGCCGCCUCCGAGAUUUACAGCACUCUGCAUCGAAGACUCUUCGGCCUGGAGGGGGGUGAUGCCGACUCCUCGUCUCGAGGGGGGGUGCAUCACGCAGGAAUAGAAGCAUCACCGUCAGCGUCAACGACGACGGAUUUCCUGUGGGCUCUGGGCGUCAUCCUAUCGAGGGGCGUCUCCGAGGAGGGCGCGGGUGGGGUAGGCCUGGUGCCCUACCUGGACUUCGCCAACCACGGCGACGGAGGGAGAGGAGGAGGCGUUGCGUUGGGGGACGGGGGCGCCUCCUGCGAGAGAGGUUUCGACCCGGCGACCGGGAGGCAUGUUCUUCGGGCCCUGCGGGACAUCGCGCCGGAGGUCUCAAGCGGAGACUGA